GUGAGCCGGAAUCGAAAGUGGAAGCGAACCGAGAGAACCAAGUGGUACAAGUCUAGGAGGUGUGUCAACGUAAUGGAUUCAGAUGAGGAGUCUUUCAUCCAUCUGCCCAGCGAGACCAUUGCCACAAGUGGGUCUUGGGAGACGACGACAGAACAAAUCUCGUGGGAAAUUAAGAAGUGCCAGGAUACCUGCAAGGCUUUGGAGAUGGACUGGUGGUCGCUGCAGGCAGCCAAAGGCGCAAGUGAGCAGGAUGCAUCCAGACUCCAAGGACAGGUUGAGCUUCUCCGUCGAAGACUUCAGGAAUGUGAGCAGAAGGCCCAGGAAGUAACUUAUCAGGGAACACUUAAAUUUGAGGUUGAAGAAAGAGAUCAAUUGCUACAAGAAAAACAGGUGCUGGAAAGUGAAUUGGAACAACUGGAGAGGCUUCAAAUUCUCCAAGAAGAGCUUCACAAGGUGCCAGCCACCCUUCCUGAGAGGGGGAUGGUGUUUAAAGGCCACGUGGAAGAGGAGAAAGAGGGGACGCUGCCUGAGAUGCUCACUGUCCUGCCACAGAUCCGAUGCCCCAUGUUUGGAGGAUCGGCACUCAUCGUUUUUGAGAAUCCUGAGGUUGCCUGCAGGAUCAUCGCAAUCGAGCAGCAUCGAGUUCAACUGGAUGACUGGACCUAUGUGCAUGUGAAGGCUGAGCCUCUGGCGUGGCUCUUGCCCUCAUCCAUAGAGAUGUCUUUGGAACAGAGUCCCCGACAGGUUCUGCUCUCUGGAUUGCCGAUCCUGUCCAUGCCUGAGGAGUAUCUACUUGACAAGCUAGAGCUGUUUUUCAGCAAACGGCAGAACAAGGGUGGUGAGGUGCAGCGGGUGGAGCGGCUGAGUACUUCCGGCCACGUGGCUCUAUCUUUUAUGGAGGAAGGAGUGGCUGAACGGCUUGUCAAGAGGAAUCCAUUUCAGGUGCCCAUUGGAAAAGAGACCUAUGAGGUCAAGCUGUCGCACUGCAUAGGUGGGGAAAUCACAGAUCUUCAGUUCCGUUCUUCAGUCUGUGCUCGGACUGUCCUGCUGUCAGGAAUUCCAGAUGUCUUAGAUGAGGAGUUGAUGCGUGAAGCCCUGGAGAUUCAUUUCCAGAAGCCCAGCAAGGGUGGGGGGGAAGUGGAAGCCAUUAUUUAUGUCCCAACUGGACGCUGUACAGUAGCUGUCUUUCAGGGGGAAGAGGACUAAGAGAAAACGUCUUCUUAGUCACUACACGACAGGGUGUUAAAAUCCACCAGGGAAGAAGCACUGAGAAGAAGGCAAACUUUGAAGUUCUGGGGAAGGAUAUGAGAAAGUUUUCAUAGAUGGAAUUAUGAAUCAAUGCAAGGAGGUGGACACAAAUAGGCAAAUAUCAUUGAAGUGUAAAAAAUGAAAUAGAUUUCAUUUCUGGCCUAACCCAGAAGGUGGGAUGGGGGCUUUGUUCUUAGAACUCAGCUGAUAAAGGCUAUUUCUGAUGCUAUUGUGCCUCUCUUCUCUUGACAUCUGAUCUGUGUCUAUUAUAUGGAAUGCUUUGAUUUGGGGGCGGGGGAAUUCCCUGCUUUGAUUUGCUUGUCUGUAAUCCCAUUGCUUGGCAUUUGAAUGAUUCCAGUUCCCUAAUAUUUGUCUUUGACAGUCUCAGAAAAGCAGAAUAACAUUCAUGCUCUUCACAGAUAAUUCAAUGUUCAUUACUCAAACAACCACUGUGUUUGACUCUGCGAAGUAAAAUUUUCUCCUGGUU